AUGGGCGACUACGACUACCUCAUCAAGUUUUUGGCACUCGGUGAUUCCGGAGUGGGAAAGACAUCGUUCUUGCAUCGAUACACAGACAACACAUUUACUGGUCAGUUCAUAUCAACUGUAGGAAUCGAUUUCAAGGAGAAGAAAGUGGUGUAUAAAAGUGCCAGAGGUGGUUUUGGUGGUCGUGGACAACGAGUUCUGCUACAGCUAUGGGACACAGCCGGCCAAGAAAGAUUCCGAAGUCUAACGACGGCGUUCUUUCGCGAUGCUAUGGGUUUUGUCCUAAUCUUCGACAUCACCAACGAGCAAUCAUUUUUGAAUAUUCGAGACUGGCUGUCACAGCUUAAGGUUCAUGCAUACUGUGAAGCACCGGACAUUAUAAUAUGUGGUAAUAAAGCUGAUCUCGAAAAUCGACGUCAAGUCAGUACGGCACGUGCAAAGCAGCUGGCCGAUCAAUUAGGCCUACCGUAUUUCGAGACGUCAGCAUGCACAUCGACAAAUGUCGAACGAGCAGUAGAUUGUCUUCUUGAUCUCGUCAUGCAACGAAUACAACAAAGCGUUGAGACAUCAGGACUACCCCUCUCAGGUCAGCUUCCUCUCUUUUCGUUAGAGCUAUAG